CUGUGGUAACCGGGCCGUUCGGCUCCUGCCUGCCCCGACGCGGCGGCGGCGGCCAUGAGAUCUGCGACCAGGGAGCUGCCGGCGGCGGCCGAGGAGGCGGGCAGCGAUGUCCGCUGCCAGGCGGCGGGAGGCGGGCAGGCGUGUGAGCGCGGCGGGGCCCCGGCCUGGCGGCGGGGCUCACCUCCCGUACCGGCCGGCAGUCCGUCCGGGAAGAAAUCUGUGUAUGUUGAACCAUCUAGGAGAGUUAAAGAACUCCUUGAAGAAGAGCUUUAUAUUCAGAAAGAAGCAUGCUAUGUUAAACAUCCCGUGGCAGAGGCUCUUGAAGGAAUUUGGAAUGUGAAAAAGAAAUUCUCCAUUGGAAGCCUGAAUCCAGUGUCACAGAACAGAAACAGUUUACUUUUACAGCCUCAAUUCUACUCAAGACAUACAGGAAUGAAAAAUUACUGAACUUUAGUGCUGUGAAGACCUGAGCCUGUGUGUCAAAUCAAACAUCAAAAUGACUAGCUGCCUUUGGAAGUGUAAAUCUCUGGUUUUAAGAUUUUCAAGAAAGUUCUGCUUGGAAAGGGAAGUAUUUUCUCUUUGUUGUUUUAUUUGUAUCUUCACACUGUUUUACUCUGAUGUUGUAGCGGCCAAAUAUCAUCCAUAUUUCAGCCAGUGAUGAAGACAUCGCAACAAAAUGUUCUUACAGCUGUAAAACUCAAAUGUUUCCUUGGCUUCUCUGUUGCAGAGUGAUUGUAAGUUCCAGCAGAAAAUUGUAAUGUCAUUGAAGAGAUGCCUUAAAAUGCCUUAUGCUGAGUCCAUUCAUUAAACUGAGCAGUUUGGAA